ACAUAAGAAGAUUAUCAUGCAAGCAUUCUCCGUUUGAGAAAAGAAAAUGAGUUCUUUCUUGCAACUCUUACUACCUUUUGCUUCCUUCUUCUUGUUCACCAUUUUGGUCUUCAAAUGGUACUUUAAUCCUGCUUCAACAGCCGGGAAAAGGAUACCAUCUCCACCAAAGCUUCCCGUGAUUGGAAAUCUUCAUCAACUCGGCUUAUUCCCCCAUCGUGCGCUUCAAGCACUAUCCAAACGCUAUGGUCCAAUCAUGAUGCUUCAUCUCGGGAGUGUGCCAGCGGUUAUUGUCUCGUCAGCUGAAGGAGCUCGGGAGAUCAUGAAAACUCACGACCUGGUUUUCUCAAACAGGCCAAAAGUAAGCAUUCCUGAUAAAAUUGUUUAUGGGUCUAAGGAUAUAGCUUUUGCGCCUUACGGUGAACACUGGAGGCAGGUGAGAAGUAUAUGUGUGCUUCAUCUUUUGAGUUUCAAAAGAGUUCAAUCUUUUCGCUAUAUAAGGGAAGAAGAAACGGAUCUUAUGAUCCAGAAAAUUAGGCAGUCAUCUACUUCUCCCACAUCCGUGACAAACUUGAGCAAUUUAUUGGUGUCAGUUACUAAUGAUACUAUAUGUAGAGUGGCUCUGGGGAGGAAAUAUAGUGAUGGUGAAGCGGAUGGAAGCAACAAAUUUGAGUUAAUGUUGAAGGAAAUAAUGGAGAUAGCGGGUACUUUUAAUGUAGGUGAUUACAUUCCGUGGCUUAAAUGGAUGAAUAUGGUGAAUGGUUUGGAUGCUAGAGUUGAUAGACUGGCUAAAACAUUUGAUAAAUUUUUGUCAAGUAUAGUUGAAGAACAUAGAAGCAGAAGAAAGCAAGAAAACAGCAGCAAUGCAACGGAUCUUGUGGAUUUAUUACUCGAAAUUCAAAGCGAAAAAAAAACUAGUUUCACUCUUGAUGAUGAAACCAUGAAAAGUGUAAUUUUUGAUAUGUUUGCUGCUGGGACUGAUACAACAUAUACUUCUUUGGAGUGGACAGUGACGGAGGUUUUAAGGCACCCAAAAGUCAUGAAAAAACUGCAAAACGAGGUGAGACAAGUAGCAGGAGGCAAGUCAGAGAUAACUGAAGAUGAUUUAGAAAAAAUGCCCUAUUUGAAGGCAGUUAUGAAAGAGAGCUUAAGACUACACCCUUCGAUUCCAUUACUCGUUCCACGAGAAUCGACACAGGACACUAAAGUAAUGGGUUACAACAUUCCAACUGGUACACAAGUGAUGGUCAAUGCUUGGGCAAUUGCAAGAGACCCAAAAGAGUGGGAAAAUCCUGAAGAAUUCAAUCCAGAAAGGUUCUUUAAUAAUACAGAAGUGGACUUUAGAGGGUUCAAUUUUGAGUACAUUCCAUUUGGUGCUGGUCGAAGAGGUUGCCCUGGUAUUACUUUUGCCAUGGCUGUCAAUGAAUUUGCGUUAGCAAAAUUGAUGCUUAACUUCAACUUCGCCUUGCCAAUUGGAGCAAAAGAUUGGGACCUGCUCGAAGCCGUUGGAAGCACUGUCCAUAAAAAGCAUCCUCUACUUGUCGUCGCCACCCCUUGUUCUUCCUAGUGCUUGUCAUCACUCCGUCGACUCUCUUAAUUAUCUCACGUCCUCUCCAAAAUAAACAAGUUAAAGGUUUUCCACAAAAUGUUAAACUUAUUUUGUACUUGCGAUUCUUUAUCAUCAUGUUUUCUAUCAUCAUAGUUGCAAUAAAAAUUAUAUGUAUCUAAAUUUCGUUCUUAUGUAACAGAAAACAGUUUAUUAAUUAUUAGCAUGUGAUGAAAAGCA